UACUUAUAGGGUUGACUUGUUAGGUCCUUUCACUCCUGCGGAAGCUCUUUCUCGCGAGCGGAGUGUUUUGGGACCUCGCACCAACCGUGUCCUUGACGCACUAAAGAUCGAGUAUGGUCCGCGAGGUGGCCCUUCUACCGGUGGUCGUGGACGGAAGAGGAAGGUAAGUGAUCCUCAUGGUGGUAAGGGGAACAUUUCAAAGUCGGAGCAAGCUUCUGCCGGCGAAGGGUCGGAGAACAGUGUUGUCAAGGGUACUCCGCAAGGUGGAUCUGCGGGUCAAGGCGAAUCCUCUCCGGCUGCUGCCAUGCCUUCGCCUCAUGUUUCACCGUCCCCUCCUGCUGCUGCUGGCUCUCCACCUGGAGCGAAGCCUCAGAGUAUUGAGGAUGGUGAAAUUCCAAACCCUCUUCAUUUUCUGGCCAACACAGCUUCUUUAUCCGGAGGUUCGCCAAGUGUCUGCGACAUGGUAAUGCCAAAGAUCGAUUUUCUUCUUCGUCGUCAACCUGAGAAGACUGCUGAAGUGUCUGCUAAGGCAGGUGAGGACGCGGAGACUCAGGCUGAUGUUGAUGUCGUCGGUAACGACAGCCCCCGCCAUGACGAUGUUGCUCUGAUGACUGCUGCAGGGGAGGCUGCGAAGUCUCGAGAGAAGGAUGACAAUCUUCGUGUACAGGACAUCCUCGUUAACAAGGCACAGAUGUCUAUGUUUAACGAGUUGUCUGAGUCUUUUUAUUUGCCUGGAGUUGAGAGUCUUCUUACUAAGGGGGGUUACUCCGAGAACUGUGAUGCGCUGGUAGCUGCCGGUUUCAAGACUAUUCUCCUUGGGCGCUCCUUGAAGUCUCAGUUUCUUAACCAAUCCAUAGCUAUGAGCAAGGAGAUAAAGGCUCUUAAGGAGGAGGGUUCUUCGAGGGCGGCCAUGGAGAAAGAACUGAGUGAUCUUCGAGAGAAGGCUGCUUCUAUGGACAGUUUGAAGGCCAGCUUUGAUGAGCAGGUUUUGAAGAAUCGGGAGUUGGAGGCGAAGGUUCUUGAUUUAGAGAAGAAAGCUGAGUGUCUGGAGGAAGACAAAGAGAAGCUCAAUUCUGCUUUACGUUGCAAGAAUGAUAUCGUCAAGGGUCUCAAAGAUAAUGAACGCUUAUUCGAUGAGUUUGUGAAGCGUGAAGCCACGAAGAUUAACAGUGAUAUCAGUACCGCGGUGCGCCUCGCAGGUGGUUACGUUCCUGAGCGCGAUUUUGAGAAGGCCGACGAUCUGCAUAGUCUCAAAUGGGCUCGGGGUUGUGCUAAGUCUCUGCCUGGCAUGAUUCCGGAGUUCGGGAAUUUGAUCGGACUUCUCGGUGCAAAGGGCGUCAUUCAUAGUCUUGAGAAAGCGGGGUGCAACCAUUUCGGGGCGCUGUCGGAUCCGAACUUCUCAUUCCCUUCGUUUGAUCCUCGAUUUGGCUCCAGUGACGAAGCUCUUCAAGCAUUGACUGUUUAUGCUGAGAAGUACUGGGAUGUUCAGAAGCACUGCAUGAUGAGCUUCGUCGCGGAGGGUUCGAAGAAAGGAUACAAGGGCAAACAGGGGGAGUGGGUGAAUCCUUUUCCUGAAGAGUUCCUUGGUGCUGGUGCUGGCUCUACUAUUCCCUUCCUCACUCCUGCAUCCGCGGAUGCCGCCGGAGGUUCUGGGACUGCGGCUGCUGCCGGAGAUGCCCCUGCCGCUGGGGCCGGAGGUGCUCCUGCUGUGGAGUCUUCUCCGAAGGAUGAUGAGGGUCGUGGAGAGGUGUGAAGUUAUUUGUGUAAUUAGGGAUGUGAUCAUGUAGUGUAGGCAUACACUGAAGCUUAUAUUUUGACGCAGGUGCUAGACGCCACCCCUUUGAAAGUGAUGUAUGGUGGUUUCAUGUUAAGUUGGUCUUCUUGGCUUCGUGCGAAGUCUUGGUUUCCCGC